ACCGCGCACAUCAAAAUGGCGGCGGCGGCGGCGAAUCCAGCGGCGGUGCGGCGCGCCGAGGAGGUAGUGGAGAGGGAGAUGAGCGGGCGCGACGCCUCCCACGACGCCGCUCACGCGCUCCGCGUUCGGGACCUCGCGCUCUCCCUCGCCGCCGAGCAGGGCCUCUCCUCCCCCGACCGCCUCCUCAUCGUGGAACUGGCGGCCCUCCUGCACGACGUCGGAGAUUACAAGUACACCAAGGAUAAUGCGGAGGAUAUGAGCAUCGUCGAGCGGUUUCUUGAAGAGGUGGGAUUGGAGGAGGGACAGAGGGAGGAAAUUGUGGCCAUCAUUACAGGGAUGGGAUUCAAAAAUGAGGUUUCAAAGAAGCUUAAUGCUGAGCCCACUCUUGAGUUUGCAAUUGUGCAAGAUGCAGAUCGUCUGGAUGCAAUUGGUGCGAUUGGUGUUGCAAGAUGUUUUACAUAUGGAGGGAGCAAGAACAGUGCAUUGCAUGAUCCUAAAGUACUUCCACGUGAUAAUCUGUCAAAGGAAAAGUACAUGUCCAAGGAGGAGAAACAAACGUCAAUCAAUCAUUUCCAUGAGAAGCUCUUUAAGUUGAAGGACAUGAUGAAGACAGAGGCUGGGAAAAGGAGAGCGGAGAAAAGGCACAAGUUCAUGGAAAAUUUUGUGUCUGAAUUCUAUGAAGAGUGGAGUGGCAGGGCUUGAAGUGACCAAUCAGACCGUGGGCUUGGGGCAAGGGUUGAAGUUGGCCAACCAAUUUUCAACAACUCACAUCUAUGUCGCACUUCAUGCUGAAGGCAUGCAAGCAAGGGACAAAUCGAGAAGUGUUACUGAAUCACUAGAUAGUGAUAAGACACUUCUAAAUAACAGGGUUGAAAUUCUGGCUCUGACCUAUAUUAAGGAAAAGCCCACAUAACCAUCUGGUUUUGCGUCACUGUAAGUCCCAAUUAAGGUUUGCCCAAAACACUGAGCAUAAAUAAAUCUAUAAGAGAUGUCAUGGGACUCUGAAUAUUGAAUUGAUGAUAAGACUCUCUGCAAAAUAUUUUUGCAUCAA